AUGACUAUCAAGUCUGUCCAGCCCAAAAUCUCCAAAGACCAUAUCCCUCCAUUUAGUGUCGAGGUUCCUGGGUAUGCAGCUAUCGAUGGAGAGACAAUUCCGCGAAGAAAUCCUAACUGUAUCGACAAGCUUCGGGAGCGCCCAGCAGAGCACAUAACAACUAUCUUUGAUAUCCUCCAACAUAGCGCUGAAAAUUACGGAAAUGCGAAAGCAUUGGGUAGCCGGAAAUUGAUUAAAACCCACAACGAAAGCAAGAAGAUUAAUAAACUUGUAGACGGUGCACAGCAACAGGUUACUAAACAGUGGACAUAUUUCGAGCUCGGGGGGUAUGAAUACAUUAGCUUUCAUGAGUUCAGAAAGCUAGCUUUACAGAUCGGAGCUGGCUUCCGAAAGCUUGGCCUAAAGAAUGAAGACCGCAUCCAUAUAUUUGCUGCAACAAGUUCAUACUGGCUAGCUACAGCACAUGGUGCUGCAUCUCAGUCAAUGCCCAUCGUAACGGCAUACGAUACCCUAGGGGAGAAAGGUUUAGAACAUUCUCUGAAGGCAACGAGAGCCAAAGCUAUCUUUCUUGACCCGCAUCUCCUGAAAACUCUCAUAAAUCCACUAAAAGUUGCAACCGACAUUCAACACGUCAUUUGGAAUAGUCAAAAGGAAGGCAACCCGGAAGAUAUUGAAGCACUCCGGAAAGCUCAUCAACACUUAACUAUAAUAAGUCUUGAGGAGCUCAGGAUAUUGGGUGAAGACAAUCCUGUCGCUCCUGUUCGUCCUAAUCCUGACGAUCUCUGCUGUAUAAUGUAUACAUCUGGAUCAACUGGACCACCAAAGGGGGUACCAAUUAAACACAAAGCCGUUGUUGCAGCCGUUGCGGGAGUGGGUGUAAUUGUAGAUCAGUAUAUCGGCCCCGGCGAUGGCUUGUUAGCAUAUCUGCCUCUUGCGCACAUUCUUGAGUUUGUUUUUGAGAACGCUGUUUUAUAUUGGGGCGGUACUUUGGGAUACGGAAACCCGAAGACUCUUGCUGAUUCCUCUGUUCGAAAUUGCAAGGGCGAUAUACGAGAGUUCCAGCCUACCAUUCUUGUCGGUGUACCAGCUAUUUGGGAAUCGGUGAAAAAAGGUAUCAUCACCAAAGUCAAUUCCAGCAAUUUCGUAACGAAGAAUCUAUUUUGGAGUGCAUUGUGGGCAAAAAAUAUGAUGCUCCAGUACGAUAUCCCGGGCGUUGAGGUUCUUGACACCGUCGUGUUCCAAAAGAUUAGAGACGCUACUGGUGGGCGAUUAAAGAUCUGUCUGAAUGGGGGCGGACCUGUAGCUAAAGAAACCCAACGCUUUAUUUCUAUGGCCAUCACGCCGAUGAUUAACGGAUACGGACUAACUGAAACGUGUGCAAUGGGAGCUUUGAUGGAUCCUCAAGAGUGGACUGAUGAAGCCCUAGGAAAUAUUCCUGGAUCCGUUGAAAUAAAGCUAGUUGAUUAUGAGGAAGCUGGAUACAGAGCUGCUAAUAGACCAAAUCCUCAGGGUGAAAUCUGGAUUCGUGGUGUUCCUGUCAUGGAAGGAUAUUACGAAAAUGAAGAAGAAACUAAAAAAGUCAUUACUGAAGACGGAUGGUUUAUGACUGGUGAUAUUGGUGAAUGGGAUCACAAUGGCCACUUGAAAAUUAUUGAUCGCAAAAAAAACCUAGUCAAGACUCUUAACGGGGAGUAUAUCGCCUUAGAAAAGUUGGAAUCCAUAUAUCGGUCUGCGACUGUUGUUGCUAAUAUCUGUGUAUACGCUGAUCCUAAUCGAACCAAACCGAUUGCCAUCAUCGUUCCAGCUGAACCAGCACUCAAGAAACUUGCUCAAAGAAUUGGUGUGGAGGGAAACGGACUGGAAGAGCUGGUCGAUAAUCCAAAAAUCCAACAGACCGUCUUAACUGAACUCCAACAGGCCGGAAAAGCUGGCGGGUUGACCGGGAUUGAAAUUAUUGAGGGUGCCGUACUGGCUGAUGAAGAGUGGACGCCCCAAAGCGGACUCAUAACAUCUGCUCAAAAAUUAAAUAGGAGAGCGAUUUUAGAGAAAUACAAAAAAGAGGUGGCAGACGCUUAUGCCAAGAACACAUAA